AUGAGGCGUCAUUUGUCUGUUUGUUUGUUUGUUAUUUUUUUGUUUUGUCUUUUUUCGCGUUCUUUCGCCUUCAGAGGCCCAACCCAUCGCACGCCAGCUCCCUAUACACUGCUACCAGGCACAACAUGCAGCAGCAGCAGCAGCAGCAGCAGCAGCAGCAGCAGCAGUUGCUCUAGGCAGCAAACUGCAGGGGGGCUCGUAUGCAGUGAAGAUGGUGCGAGUCGCCUAGACCAUAUCAGUUCUCUCUCUGCUGCUGCUGCAGCAGCAGCAGCAACAGAUGCAGCUGCUGUUCCUAUCGACUCCCCUACCCUGCCCGCGGCAGCAGCAACAGGAGCAGCAGCAGCAGCAGAAGAGCGUUUUCCGUUUCAGGCAGAGGUGAAGAGGGUUCUUGAUAUUAUCGUUCACAGCCUCUACACCGACCGUGACGUCUUCCUUCGCGAGCUUAUCUCUAACGCCGCUGAUGCAUGCGACAAGAAACGGGUGCUGCUUGGCCAGCAGCAGCAGCAGCAGCAGCCGGACCAACAGCAGCAGCAGCAGCAGCAGCGCUCGAUUCGGGUGUAUGCAGACAAGAAGGCGGGAACGCUGACAAUAGAAGACGACGGCAUAGGAAUGAAUAGACAGGAGUUAAUCGAUCAUCUGGGCACCAUUGCUCAGUCGGGUACCUACAAAUUCGCUCAACACCUGCAGCAGCAGCAGCAGCAACAGCAGCAGCAGCUGGAAGGAGGGGGGCCCUUAGGGGGUGCGAAUGAUCUCAUUGGGCAGUUCGGCGUUGGGUUUUACUCUGCUUUUUUAGUUGCAGACAAAGUAGAGGUCAUCUCUUCUCGCUGGACACCCCCAAGUGCAGCAGCAGCAACAUCAGCAGCAGCAGCAACAUCAGCAGCAGCAGCAGCAGCAGUUCCAGAGGUAUGGAAGUGGAGUUCUAGCUGCGGGCAGACUUUCGCAGUGCAGCAGCUUGACGGAGCAGCAGAGCAGCAGCGAUGGGUGCAGCAGAUGCGAGCGUUGCAUCUGAGCUUGCAGCAGCAAGCAGCAAAGGCAGGUACCCCUGUCGGCGACGCAUAUCUCUUACAGCAGCAGCAGCAGCUCGAGCAGCAGCUGUCUCAGCCUUGGACAGGGACCCGAGUAGUGCUGCAUCUACGAGAGGAGUGCGAUGACUACUUAGAAGAUUAUCGUCUUAAAGAGCUUUUAAAGAAAUACUCAGAAUUUCUAUCAGUACCAAUUUACUUAUUAGCAGAGCGUAUUGAAUAUGAAAGGGUACCCGAUGCAGACGCUCAGCAGGCGGGGGGCCCCCCGGGGGCCCCUAAAUUUAAAACAGUAACGAAUCGCUUUUCUGAGUGGCUUCAUUUAAAUACACAACCCCCUAUAUGGAGACGUGCAGAGGAGACGCUGACAGAGAAGGAUUACGUAGACUUCUAUAAAGCUACGUUUAAGGCUUACGAUGAUCCUCUCGCUUUUCUUCACAUGCAAGUGGAGGGUCAGGUCUCGUUUAGGGCUCUGCUGUACGUACCGGGGACGUUGCCUUGGGAGCUCUCAAGAAAUAUGUUCGAUGAGGACUCGCGAGGCAUUCGGCUGUACGUACGCCGCGUCUUCAUAAACGACAAGUUCCAGGAGGCAGUCCCGAGGUGGCUUACCUUUAUUCGCGGUGUUGUUGACUCAGACGAUCUUCCUUUAAAUGUUGGUCGAGAGAUACUGCAGAAGUCGCAGAUGUUAAGAGUUGUUCAUAAGAGAGUUGCAGCAAAAGCAGUUGAAAUGAUUCAAGCAAUCAAACGACAAGGAAGUGAAAAGUGGGACCGCUUCUGGGAAAACUACGGGAAGUACAUCAAGAUCGGCGCUGUAGAGGACCGGGAUCAGCAGCAAGCGUUGGCUUCGUUGGUGCAGCUUCAUUCGUCUCACUCGCGUACAUCUUUAACCACCUUAGAUGAAUAUAUAUCUCGUUUAGAAGAAAGGAACAAGAAAAUAGAAGAAGGAAAGCACCCCCCUCUGCCGAACGGACAGCCAGCAAAGAAGCAAAAGGCAAUAUUCUUUUUAGCAGCAGAAAAUAGAAGAGCAGCAGAAGACAGCCCAGCAUUAGAGGGUCUAAGAGCGAGGGGUUUGGAGGUUUUGUUUGGAGUUGAGCCCCUUGAUGAAUUCUUUCUUGCUUCUCUCGGUAUAUCUCAGUUUAAGGGCUUUGAUGUUGUUGAUAUUAAUAAAGCAGAUCUACAGCUCGAUGCAGAAGACACUGAACAAAACAACAACCCCACCCAUGAACAUUUGCAUGCAGCAGAUAAUAAAGAUUUAAACAAACAAAACAACGCCACGCAAACAGAAGAUAUCGCCACUAAAAGAAUUGAACUCGCCCCGCUAGUGGAGUGGCUGCAGCAGUGUUUAGGGCCUCGGGUGCACAACGUGUCUCUGUCUUCUCGUUUAGUUCAGCAUCCAGCAGUAUUAGUUCAGGGGCAGCUGGGGCUGUCUCCUACAAUGCAGCGUUAUAUGCAGCAGCAAGCAGCAGCACAAGGCUUAGCAGAACAAAAGCUCUUCGGAGCUACUCUUAAUCAGCCCAUCUUAGAAAUCAAUCCUAAUCAUCCUAUCAUCAAACAACUCGAUCUCAUGGUGAAGGCUGAUCCUUCUAGCAGCAGAGCGAAGUCUCUGGCUUUAGAGUUAUUUGCUGUCGCGUCGCUGCAAGGUGGAUAUACACUCGAAGACCCCGGGGCUUUUGCUAAGUCUGUGCUGCAGUUGUUAGGGAGAGAGGCGGAGUCUUUCUUAAACAACAGAGACAAAUAA